GUCCGUCACCACAACACAAAAUUCAGAGGCUCACGCAAAAACUACCGAUCGAGAUUUCUAGAGAGAGAAAAUCGAAGAAUUCAAAAAAGGAGAAUAAUCUUCAAAAAAAAUUAUAUCUCCAUUCAAGCAACGAAUCGGAUUCCAAAAAUUAGGUUUUUGGUGGUUUUUGGAGUAAAAUGAACGAGCAAGGAAAAAUGAUGAAUCAACAACAACAGAGGAUGAGUAUGAGUCAAAACCAAAUGCUAAGUAUGAGUCAACAACCUCAGAUCUUAAAUCCACAGCUUCAACAACAGCAACAGCAGCCGCCACAGAUGAUGAAUCGGAACUACAGGAUGUGGCCACAGCAGCCUCUGCCUCCGCCGUCAGUCGACCAGUUGAAAUUUCAAAACCCUAACCCCAAUAUGAAGCAAUUUGUUACUGGAAAGCAGCAUUCCAAGCCCUUGGGACCUCGGAAUAAUUGGAAGGGUAAAAAGGUAAAUAAGAAGGAACAGAGAAUGGAUGCUGCAAGGCGGAACGAGAUUAUAGGAAGUAGCGGUAGUAGUACCAAUGCUCAAGGUGGUGGAUAUAAGCCGCCUACAUUAAAUGACUUGCAACAGCAAAACCGAUUGAAGGCCCGGAGAUUUUUCCCUAAGAAGAAAUUUUAUCAUAACAAUAAUAAUAACAUGAAUGCACCUUAUGCGCCUCGGAACACAUCUUCAUAUAUCAUUAGGGCGAAAAAAAGUGGUGGUAUUGCUUCUUUGGUGUCCCCUUGCCCCGUGACUCCGGCUGUGCUGCCGACCCCUAUUUUCUCCCCAUCGAGGGAGGUGUUAGUAGAUAUGGCUAAAGAGGAGUGGGGAGUGGAUGGGUACGGAUCAAUGAAUGGGUUGAUUAGGCUGAGGUCACCGGGUCAUGAGGUUGAAGGACACGACGAUGAGGAAGAAGAGGAGGGAGGAUCGAGUGAGAGUGAUGUGGAAGAACAUGUGGAAGUGGAGAGGCGGUUGGAUCAUGAUUUGAGCAGGUUUGAGAUGAUUUACCCGAACUACAGCGGGAUGGAGUAUAACAAUGUGUUGGGAAACCGUGUGGAUGAUCAGGAUACGCAUAUUGCUCAGUUGGAGGAAGAGAACUUGAUUUUGAAGGACAGGUUGUUCUUGAUGGAGAGGGAGUUGGGUGAUUUGAGGAGGAGGUUGCAAAGUCUUGAGAGGAGGGGUCGUGGAUGCGAGGAGAUGACCGAGGAGGUAGUGGAGAAUGAGUCUGAGAGUGAGAGUCAUGAGGAUGGCCAUUCUUUGGAGGAUAACAAUGUUGAACUGGUUGAAGGGCACAUGGAAGGAGUUGGAAAUGUGAAAGGGAAGAAAGAAGAUAGGAUUGAGGAUGACGUUGGAUUGGCAGAAAAUGAGGUGAAAGUUGGAGAAGAAGGUGAAAAGGCUAAUCGUAAUGGGAACAAUGAAGCUGUUGAAAAGGAAUCUGAUAAAGUAGGAAAAGAAGAUGAAGAAGUUGAUGGCAAUAUGAUGGAUGAAGCUUUUGAAAAGGAAAUAAUUGCUGAUGAUGGAAGCAAGAGUGAAGUGAACGACGAUACGGAUCUGAAAACUGGGAAUGAGGUUCAGUUCACUCAAUUAAACAAGAACAUUGAAAACAAGGUUCAGGGAUUAGAUAAUGCAAGUUUUGGAGAUGUUAAAAUGGAGGAGGCUUUUAGAGUGGAUGUUGAAGCUGUUUCCCAGACCAAGAAGGAAGAUGAAUUGCCAGUAAAUGAAUGAAUGAUAGGAAGAGUGUUUACGAUGGUUACUUGUCUAAAGUUUCCAUCGUCAAUGUAAGUCUCUUCUCUGAGAAGUUCUCAUGCUAACUCGUGUCUUUUUUGUCACCAUUCUGGGUAUACCUCUUUUGUAGUACAUAGUUUUAGCCUCCUUUUUACAGUGGAAAAAAUUCUGUCUGUUGUGAGUUCGACCUUAUAAAGUGCUAAUGUGUAGUAUUCUUCUUUAGAUGUUGGCAGCUGUUUGUAGUAGGGAAGUCUGGGUGUUUAGAUAGGUUUGAAAUAGUGUUCGGUCUGACAGAGAUACAAUUAUGUAAUAAUCUCUUUUUUAGGUGAAUUGGGUAUUUUCAUAUAAAUCAUGGCAUGUUUUCUUAUUGGUUUAA